AUGGCCACGGCCACGGAGCCCAGGGAGGUGAAGGUGUACGGCGCCUGGGGCAGCGCCCACGCCGCCAUGGCCCGGAACGCGCUGGUGCUCAAGGGCGUGCCGUACGAGUACGUGGAGGAUGACCUGGACAACAAGAGCGAGACGCUGCUGCGCCUUAACCCCGUCCACGGGGGGAAGGUGCCCGUCCUCGUCGUCGACGGCCGGCCGCUCGCGGAGUCGCUCGUCAUCAUCGAGUACGUCGACGAGGCGUGGCCCGAGGCCCGCGGGUACCCACCGGCGCUGCUCCCGCGGGAGCCCCCCGCGCGCGCCGCGGCCAGGUUCUGGGCGCGGUUCUUCCACGACGAGGUGUCGCCGCUGUCGCGCGCGGUGGUGCUCGCGGACGCGGAGGCGGAGAGGGCGGAGCUGGCGAGGGAGGUGAAGGCGCGGAUGGCCGUGAUGGAGGCCGGGGUUGCGGAGGACUUCCGGGGGGGCGACGGCGAGGAUGAGGGCCCGUUCGUGCACGGGCGGAGCCCCGGGCUGCUAGACGUCAUAGUGGGCUCGUGCGCCGCGGGGAUCCGGGUGCUCUCCGCCGUCUCCGGGGUCGAGAUCGUGGAGCCCGGGGCGAUGCCGCGGGUGCACGCCAGUGUGGCCGCGUUCGACGAGCUCGCCGCCGGGUUCGGCACCACCGUGCCGCACGAGCUCCUCCUCGCGCGGCUCCUCGAGAGGAAGGCGAGGUCUCGCGCCGCGGCCGCGACCGCGUCACGCGUGCGUGCUUGA